CUCACCACUGAGCUCACAAUCAUCAAAUCUAAGCUACAGCUCACUAACAAUGACUUCCCUCAAUUGCUUCAUGAAGAACACAAUUAUUUUGAGAGUCUGGAGCAGCUCCCUGUAAAAGACAACCUCUGUAUCCACUAUGUCCAGCAUUCACAAGGGACUCAUGUCAGAGCUGAUUGGGAUUUGGCUCACAAAGCUGCAAAUAGUGCCCUUAACGAAAUCCCUGCUAGCAAUUUGUUGCAAAUCAAUCAAGCACUAAUGGCCGCCCAUAUCAGAGUGGAUUCCUCCUAUGCCAAGUUGCAGCAUACGGAGGUGCUUGUUGCCCACAUGGAGAUUCAGCUAAGCAUUGACAUACAAUGGGAGAUCAGUGGUAAGGAGUACAACCACUUCAAAGGUGAAGCUUCACUCAGCAAAUACUGUACAGCACUUGAUGAGCUUGAACAGCUUGUUGUCAUGAGGUUGUUUGAACUUUCGAAGUUAUCAUUGUCCGGCACAGGUGAUUUCAGUUUGAUGUGCUCAUCACUCCAGUGCUAA